ACGUUACGUCCUUUGGUUGACCCUGUAAUCUUAAUUCCACGCGUACAUUUGCAAAUCCUUUAUCUAACUGAACUGUCAUAUGACAAUUUGGGAUCAGAGUCACCCACCUACCUUAGUUGGAUAAUCAUUUUAUGAUCUGACGAUGAAGCUGUUGAUUUUUCUCGCGUGCUGUGUGCUUGCCUAUGCCCAGGCACCUGGGCGAUGCACUGCCCCAAUCGCUUGGGAAGGCAGAAUAAUUGAGUAUGACAGAUCCAAAGACUUCGCUGUCCGUGCAAAGUUUUCAUACGAUGCUCUCAACAAAAGGACACGUCGUGUUGACGAAAUUUAUUUUGAUGGCAAGCGAGAAUUCUACGAUGUUCUGCAACUCUUUGAUAUGGGCAAGGAAUUCGCUGUAAAUCUGGUGUCGCGCAAAUGUGAAGUUCGACCACUGACAAUCAGUUUCAGGGAGUUCCAGAUCCCACAGAACGCUACCUUCUACACAGAGGCCUACAUCGGGGGAACUUUAUUGGGCAGCGGCGUCCUCAUCUCCGCCUGGGGUGGUAAAACCGACCGAGGAGAUUUCUAUAGUGCAGACUACACAGUUGCUGACUGUAUCCCAGUUAGAGAUGAGUUCUACAGCAACCGUACACGAGGAAUACACACUAACGUCUAUGACGUGACACUUGGUAUAUCUGAUCCUAAUAUUUUCGUACCACCAAAGGAAUGUAUGUAAACACUACCUCAGAAGACAUCCGUCGGGCAGUUACUAAAUCACAUAUACUGUUUGCUUAUUAUGUUUUCCAGAAGGAACAAAUAAAACGUAAAAUUUAUAUUACACUACGUUGAUUUUAUGUUUAGUAGCAAUCUACCCGUAUACGUAAGUGGGUCAGCAAGGGUCAGAGCCGGGGCUCAGAGUAGCCCCCACAUGGCAGCAGUCCAAAUAA